CCUUCUGCUUGCUGUGCUCAUUUCAUUGUUGAUAGUAGACCGCACAGGUGCUGCUUUUGUGAGGUUAGAACAUGCGAGUUUGUGGAAUGUGUGAUUCGUCUUUAUGAGAAUAAUUUCAGACAAUUAUUAGGAUGUUUCGAUCGACAAGGUAUUUGUUAUCCACGCUACAUCGCGUAAAAGAUCGCCGUUGUCUACACAUAUCCGGUCAGCAUAUGUCAGACAUUGCCGAGUAUGAAUCACCUAUCACGGACGAAUAUAAAAAGGGUCCAAUGGAGGGUAGAGCCCUUUAUUUGGAUGCCCAAGCUACUACUCCACUGGAUCCUCGGGUGUUGGAUAAAAUGAUGCCAUAUCUGACAGUAUUCCAUGGCAAUCCACAUUCCAGAACUCAUAUGUAUGGUUGGGAAACAGAAGCAGCAGUUGAGCAUGCUCGCCAACAAGUUGCAGAUCUCAUAGGAGCAGAUAAGAAGGAAGUGAUAUUUACAUCUGGUGCAACAGAAUGUAAUAAUAUAGCUGUGAAAGGUGUAGCAAGGUUCUACAAAUCGAGGAAAAAUCACAUUGUGACGACCCAGACAGAGCACAAAUGUGUAUUGGAUUCAUGUAGAGCCUUGGAAGCAGAAGGAUUUGAUGUAACAUACAUUUCUGUUAAUUCAAACGGUCUUAUUGAUCUCAAUGAAUUAGAAGCAGCCAUAAGACCAUCUACAGUGCUUGUUUCUAUAAUGAUGGUGAAUAAUGAGAUUGGUGUUAGACAGCCUAUCGAGGAAAUUGGUGUCAUUUGUAGGAAGAAGAAAGUUUUUUUUCACACUGAUGCUGCACAAGCUGUUGGCAAAAUACCAGUCGAUGUUAAUGCCAUGAAUAUUGAUCUUAUGUCUAUUAGCGGUCAUAAGUUAUAUGGUCCAAAAGGAAUCGGAGCACUGUAUGUUAGAAGAAGACCACGAGUGCGUGUGGAACCGUUGCAAAGUGGAGGUGGACAAGAGAGAGGAAUGAGAAGCGGCACUGUGCCUGCACCCUUAGCUGUAGCACUGGGUGCCGCUUGUGAGCUAGCGCAAAGUGAGAUGGAUUAUGAUCACAAAUACAUCAACAGGCUCUCAAAUUAUCUCAUUGAGAAGAUAAUGUCAAAUUUGACGCACGUUGUGCGAAACGGCGAUCCUGUGGCUUGGUAUCCCGGCUGCGUGAAUCUAUCGUUUGCGUGUGUCGAAGGUGAAUCGUUAUUAAUGGCUCUAAAAGACAUAGCGCUUAGCAGCGGCUCGGCAUGCACCAGCGCGAGCUUGGAGCCAAGUUAUGUGCUGAGAGCGAUUGGUGCUUCUGAAGAUCUAGCUCAUUCCAGUAUUAGGUUUGGCAUUGGACGAUUUACAACAUUCGAAGAAGUGAAUUUCACUGCGGAAAAUACGAUAAAGCAAGUGAAACGACUUCGGGACAUGAGCCCGUUAUGGGAAAUGAUGGAAGAUGGUAUCGACUUGAAAACUAUCAAUUGGGCUCAGCACUAGUACCUCAUCAUCGUGUGAUCUUUACAACCUUAAGUAUACAUAGUAUGUAUGAUGAUUAAAUAUAUAUUAUCGAUUGUAAAUUACAUUAAUAAAUCAAACUUUGAUUAUAAGUAUAAUUCCUCACAAUGUAAAUAA